CAUUUUUAAAAGCAUAGAAACCCUUAUCAUGAGCGAACUAAUACGACUAAUCAUUCAAAAGCUGAAUGACGAGCCAUUUAACAGGAGUUUUAACCUAAUAUCUUUCGAUUCGCUAGAACCUGUCCGUCUUCUACAGGUUCUGAAUGAUGUUCUUAGUGAAAUAGAUAAUAAACAUAAAAUCGAUAUCAGGGAGGAGCCUCCUGAUAAGAUGGCUGUUAGAAUGUUUGAAGCUUUUAGGGUAUUUAGGUAUAAAUUACCAACCGAUCCAGAAAAGCUGAGCUUAUUUCGCCAGGGUUUAGUGACUGGAGAUAAAAUUAUCAUAUACCCUCUUUUGGAGUGGCUUCUCACUAGAAUGCCUGAGUUGAAAAAGCGUGCAUAUUUAGCCCAAUAUCUUGUUAAAGUCAGUAUUCCCGUGGAUUUUAUGCAGGAUGAGGAAAUAGCAGGACUUUAUCAACAAUAUGAAAACUCGAUUGAAAACUUCAAAGAAUCUCAUAAAAAGUUUGAAAGCGUUAAAAAUGGCGGACUUACGACUGCAGAAGUGAAGAAAGAUAUUUCGGCGAUGCAAGAGGAAAAGGACCAGUUACUCAGACGAGUAGAAAGAAUGAAAAAGAAGCUGGAAGCUUUUCCUACCAGUAAUACAAUGCUAGAAAUGGCGAAAAAGUUGCGGCUAGAGCGAGAAAAGGAGACCAAAAUAUCUAAACAAAUGAGAGAACAGAAGUCACUAAUUGCGAAUACAGAUCAACGUAUUCAAAUCACUCAACAACAACUUAAAGAAUUAAGAAAAACUACAACUAAUUCGACAGCAACAGCAUUAAUACAACGUGUUGAGGAAGAAACAAAAGUUAAUCAAUAUAUGCUAUCUGAAAAAUUGCCUAAAGAAUUAUUAAAUAUAAAGACCUAUAUUGAAAAUGUAACAAAAGUUGUUUCACAACCAGCUAUGAAUCAAUCAUUUCUUGAUCAACUUAAUCAACAACUACGUGAUGCAAAUUCUGAAUUAAAUGAACUAAUAGAAAAACGUAUGAUUUCAAAUGAACCAUUUGAUGAUAAAAUUUCAUUAUUUCGUCAGCAAGCUGCUAUUGUAAGACGUAAAAAAUUAGCAGCAGCUGAAACAUUAACAACAACACGUGAUAGACUAUCUGAAUUGAAUAAUCAUCUUGAAGAAAUGAAAAAUCAAUUGGGUGUAUCAACAACUAUUGAUCAGAAUGGAGAAGAUGGCAAUGGGAUUACAAUAAAUAAGGCGUUAGAUCUGUCCUGUUUAAAGACUGAUGAAUUUCAACGAUAUGUUGCAAAACUUCGUAGUAAAAACACAAUAUAUAAGCAAAAACGUGCUCAAUUAAGUGAGUUACGCGCAGAAAAAGGAAUACUGUCGAGAACUGUUGAAAUAUUACGUAAUGAAGAGAAUGAAAUGAAAACAUUAUUGGCUAAUGCAGAGUCUGAACAUGGUACCAUUGGUUGCUGGGACACUCAAACAAAUUUAGGCAAAAUUUCUGAAGAAAUGUCACUGUCAAAUGAACUAAAAGGUACUACAUUAGAAGAGAUGUCAAAAAUUAUUCAACAAUUAAAUAAUCGAAUCAAUACUAAACGUACACAACUAGCUCCAAUCAUCCGAGAACUUCGACAAUUAAGACAAAGAGCUCAGGAACUUGGUCAAAUACAUGUUGAGAAAAAAUCCGCUUAUGAUGCAUUAACAGCUAGUCAAGAAUCUCAAUCUAUUCGUUUAGAACAAGAAGUACGUACAAUACGUGAAGCGGAAAAAAAUGAAGAAUCAAAAUUUCAUUAUUUAACUGCCAAUCUAGAACUAUUACAUAUUCAACAAAAUCGUUUACAAAAUGAAAUACGUGGUUAUGUAACUAAUAGUAGUCAUGUUGCUUUAUCACCUAAUAAAACUGAAAGUACAAAUGAAACUAUGGAGAAAAGAAAAAGUUACAGAGAAAUUUAUACACGUAAAAUAGCUGAACAAGAAGCUUUAACUAAAACAUUAAAACAAGAACAGAAAUCUUUAUUAGAAAAUGAAAAAUUUGGUUUAAAACAAGUGAAUUUAUGGAAAAAUUUAUUACAAUUAUUAGAAAUUAAAAAAAUCACUAAAGAAUUUAAUGAAGAACGUGAAAAAGCCGGUGGUGAUUAUGCAAAUGUUACUAAAAUUGAAAAAGAUAGAAUGUUAUUAUGAUAAAAAGUGCAAAAAAAACAGUAUUGACAAUUGUAAAUAACUUGUUUUUAAAUAAGUAAAAGUAUUAUUUACUUA